UACAGGGCGGUCGCCGCCCGUGCCAGCCCUUCCAGGACAGCAAACCACCCCUUCCCCAGCCCCCUCCUCAUCUCUGUUUUUAUCCAGUGUCUCGCUCCGUGUCUCUCUCUUUCCUUCUCCUUCCUACCACUGCCUCUACCUCUUGCUCUCUUACCUCCCUGCAGCGCCAAGCCAGCUCCCCCACCGGGUCUGCCGAACGCAAACCGCUGAGAGUUUGCCGAGCCGCCCCCUGGGGCCCCGGGCUGCCGAGUUCCGCUAAGGCAGAGACGCCAGCGAGCUGAGCGAGGGAGCGCAGCGGAAGACAAACAAGUGCGCGCGGGGAGCCCCAGGAGGCGGCCGGGGUGGCAGGCGGCUCCGCCGCGCCCGGGUCGCCUCGCCCGCGGUGCACGUACGGCCGGGAGGACGCGCGCUCCGAAAAGUUAGACUCCGGGCGGCCGCGCGCCGCUGACCUCCCGUGCCCUCCUCUCGGCGCCGGGAAAGAAUCCGCUCUUCUGGUCGCUCGAGCUUCCUAACGUGAGAGGGGACGGAUUGUGUGGCGCGGGGCCGGGGUGGGAGCAGCGAGCAGGACGCGCUAGCGAGGAGGACACCGAGCCCGAUGCCGGCCGCCAACAUGAUGGAGAACCUGCAGCUGCCCGCCCUGCAUGUGCCCGAGCCGCAGGGCGCGCCCGAGGGCCCCGUGUGGUCCAGCUCGUCGACCCCCACGCUCCGCCGCCGGCGCUUCAAGAUGCGCCGGAUGAAGAACGUGCAGGAGCAGAGUCUGGAGGCAGGCCUGGCCCAGGACCUGCCCGGAGUCUUGGCCCCUAGCAAGGAGUUCCUGCAGCUGCCGUCCAUUGAGAUUACGCCCUCCAGCGAUGAGGACACCCCGUGGUCCAACUGCUCCACGCCCAGCGCUUCCCCUCGCCGCAAGCGCUUCCUCCUCCGCAAGUGGCUGCGGGUGAGGGAGCGGAAAGAGUGCAGUGAAAGCAGCCAGCAGAGUAGCCAGCAAAGCAGCCACGAUGAUGAUUCGAGCAGGUUCCUGAGUCCUCGGGCGCGGGAAGAAAGCACUGCCAGUAACUCCAACCGCAGCACACCAGCCUGCUCCCCGAUCCUCCGGAAGCGGUCUCGCUCACCAACCCCACAGAACCAGGACGGAGACACCAUGGUGGAGAAGGGCUCAGAUCACUCCUCGGACAAGUCCCCGUCCACCCCGGAGCAGGGCGUGCAGCGCAGCUGCUCCUCACAGUCUGGCCGGAGCGGUGGCAAAAAUUCCAAGAAAAGCCAGAGCUGGUACAAUGUGUUAAGCCCCACUUACAAGCAGAGAAAUGAAGACUUCAGAAAGCUUUUUAAGCAACUUCCAGACACGGAGCGCCUCAUUGUUGAUUACUCAUGUGCACUCCAAAGAGACAUUCUUCUUCAGGGCCGACUCUACCUCUCAGAAAAUUGGAUCUGCUUCUACAGCAACAUCUUCCGCUGGGAAACUCUGCUGACAGUCCGUUUGAAAGACAUCUGCUCCAUGACUAAAGAAAAAACAGCUCGCCUCAUUCCCAAUGCCAUCCAAGUUUGCACUGAUUCAGAAAAGCACUUUUUCACGUCGUUUGGGGCCCGGGAUAGGACGUACAUGAUGAUGUUCCGGCUCUGGCAGAACGCUCUCCUUGAAAAGCCACUGUGCCCCAAGGAGCUCUGGCACUUCGUCCACCAGUGUUACGGGAAUGAACUGGGCCUGACCAGUGACGAUGAGGACUACGUGCCCCCAGAUGACGACUUCAACACAAUGGGCUACUGUGAGGAGAUCCCUGUAGAAGAAAAUGAAGUGAACGACAGCUCAUCUAAAAGCAGCAUAGAGACCAAGCCAGAUGCCAGCCCACAGCUGCCCAAGAAAUCCAUCACCAACAGCACCCUGACCUCCACAGGAAGCAGUGAAGCCCCUGUCUCGUUUGACGGCCUGCCUCUGGAAGAAGAGGUGUUGGAGGGUGAGGGAUCCUUGGAGAAGGAGCUUGCCAUUGACAACAUCAUAGGUGAGAAGAUUGAGAUCAUCCCGCCUGUGAACUCCCCUUCCUUGGACUUUAAUGACAAUGAGGACAUUCCUACUGAGCUCAGUGACUCUUCAGACACCCAUGAUGAAGGGGAAGUGCAGGCCUUCUAUGAGGAUCUGAGUGGCCGGCAGUACGUGAAUGAGGUCUUCAACUUCAGCGUGGACAAACUCUAUGACCUGCUCUUCACCACCUCGCCCUUCCUGCGGGACUUCAUGGAGCAGCGGCGCUUCUCUGAUAUCAUCUUCCAUCCAUGGAAGAAGGAAGAGAAUGGAAACCAGAGCCGAGUGAUUCUGUACACUAUCACUCUUACCAAUCCUUUGGCUCCUAAAACUGCCACUGUCAGGGAGACACAGACCAUGUACAAGGCGAGCCAGGAGAGUGAAUGCUAUGUAAUAGAUGCGGAAGUUCUCACCCAUGACGUGCCCUACCACGACUACUUCUACACUGUCAAUCGCUACACACUCACCCGCGUGGCCCGCAACAAGAGUCGACUCAGGGUCUCCACAGAGCUGCGCUAUCGAAAACAGCCCUGGGGGUUAGUGAAAACCUUCAUUGAGAAGAAUUUCUGGAGCGGGCUGGAGGACUACUUCCGCCAUUUAGAGAGUGAGCUCACCAAAACGGAGAGCACCUACCUGGCUGAGAUGCACAGGCAGUCUCCCAAGGAGAAGGCCAGCAAGCCUCCAACUGUGCGGAGGAGAAAGCGGCCCCAUGCCCACCUACGGGUGCCUCACCUGGAAGAGGUGAUGAGCCCUGUCACCACACCCACUGAUGAAGAUGUGGGCCACCGGAUCAAGCAUGUGGCAGGUUCCACGCAGACGAGGCAUAUCCCUGAGGACACUCCGAAUGGUUUCCAUUUGCAGAGCGUGUCCAAGCUGCUGCUGGUUAUCAGCUGUGUGAUCUGUUUCAGUCUGGUGCUGCUGGUCAUCCUUAACAUGAUGCUCUUCUACAAGCUCUGGAUGUUGGAAUACACCACCCAGACCCUCACCGCCUGGCAGGGCCUGAGGCUCCAAGAAAGGGGUCUGGGAGCACAGGACAGUCCGCUGAGCAUAACUCCAGCUGCUGGGGUGCCCCUUCUUCUGCCCCACAGGUUACCCCAGUCUCAGACAGAAUGGGCCCAGCUCUUAGAGUCGCAACAAAAGUACCACGAUACUGAGCUCCAAAAGUGGAGGGAGAUCAUCAAAUCCUCAGUGAUGCUCCUUGAUCAGAUGAAAGACUCGCUCAUAAAUCUUCAGAACGGCAUCAGGUCCCGUGACUACACAUCGGAAAAUGACGAGAAGCGGAACCGAUAUCAUUGACAAGGCAGGAACAGAGGUGGCUGCAGGAGGCCGGUGCAAUACAUGUACAUAGACCCUAUAAAUAUAUAUAUAUAAAUAUAUAGAGAGAAUAUAAAUAUAUAUAUUAUAUACAGAUUUUAAAAAGAGAUAAUGCCUACAUACCAGGGAGAAGGAGCGGGACCUCCCGCCCCUGUGCCAGCUGGAGCAGCGGUUCCCCUCCGUGGAGGGGCCGAGGAGGGCAGGGAGCAGCUCUCAGCACCGACAUCCCUUGAUCCUCCUCCUCCCAUCCUCUGCUCCUCACCCUUUCCCUUGCUGGCCAUUCUUGGCUCUCAGAAGGGAAAUGUUGCUGAGCCAAAGCUAUGCCUGGGAAGACCCUCAGGUCUUGAAAGAAGUCUCACGGGGGCAUUGCUUAAGGUGCUUCAUUCCCUAAUCCCCAUUCAGUUUAUUUCCAAAAUAAAGAAGAAUCUGUUCUUCCCUAGCCUGAGCUUCCCCAGGCGUUCUCUCAGACAGCAAGAGCCUGAUCUCAGCUCUCCCCCAGGAGGCCACUGAUACGGACCGGACUGUGCCGAGAGCUGGGUGGGGAGGGCUAGGAGAAGCUAGCAAGGUGGCUUCGGUGAGCUUGGGCUUUGGAGCUGCGGGCUCCACUUGUGUUCUGAAAGGUUUCCCCUUGAUCACCCCUGCACCUUGCUCUGACCUGGGUAGGACAUGGACCCAAUAAGGGCUGGGAAUUUCUAACUUGCCCACCUCCUUUCUCUCUGGUCUUCGCCCAGGCUGGAUCUGGGCGAAGUGUCACUUUUUAGUGCCUAAAGUCCUAUUAUUUCUUUGUGCCCUAAGAGCACAUUGUUUAUUAGCCAGGAUGGAGCAUUUUUGACCUUGUUAAACCCCUUUUUGUGGUUAUGAACAAGUCAGAUCUAUGGCUCUAAUUCCUUCAGUUUGAGCUAUGUAUGAAUUUGAUUUCCAGGAUGAAUCAGGGUGUCUUAGGCCCUGCAGGCUUUUAGAGAGAGAGAGGUCUCUGGCCAGUAUGGAUUGCAGGAUCUGCCUCAAAACGAGUUUCAGUCAGUGGGGAGAACUGUCUGAGACACUGUGCUUGUGGGAAAACAUCUGAGCCAGUGGAGAGGAGGAUUUGGUAUAGAUGUGUGUGUUUGGGCAGAAAAUGACCAGAGGGGACGUCCGCCCCACGUGGCCAUUUCAUUGCUGAUCAUCUCAAGUUUGGGUGUAGGGGUUAGGUUGCAGGGUUGAGCACAUCCUUCUCUGACCUCUGCUCCGUAGAGGUAUGAGGUCACUGAGGAGCACAAAGAAGAUGCCGGGCUAAGGGCCAGAGCCCGCCUGGACCUUUUUAGAGUUGGUCUACUAGGACUCAUGCUUUUAUCUGAUCUCAUGGGGCCCUUCUGGGCAUGUUCCCUACCCUUCAGACACCACCCUUUCUCCAUAUGCUGACCAAAGGAGGCUGGCUAGCCCCAGACAGAGGUCAGGCGAUCUAUGGUCAGUGAAGGCAAGGAAAGCUUUCAGAGGUUCUUCAUAUGAGGGGUAGAAGAGAACCCCAAGGUGUCCCAGAACAGCAGCACAAAGGAUGGAAGCUUUUCAUCAGUGAUCUACCCCAUGAAAAAGUUACAAUCUCUCCUUAGGAUGACUUAACAUCCUAUUUUGGAAGUUAGAGCAAAGCUUUUUGACUUUUCAGUCUAUCCAAGAAUAAGGCCUUGGCUUUUCCGAUCAGAAAACAGAAGGAUGAACACCUAGGUCACCUCUGAGGCAGAACGAUGAGAAGUCUGUCAUUAAUUGUUGAGUCAGCCAGUACUGAUAUCCCUCCCAGAGAAGCCGGGUUGAGGCUCUGGCUCAGGGUAAUGCUUUCGAAGGGCGCAUUUGCCCUGAGACCGGCAGUCUCUCAGUUCUUGACCAGGACUUUGAGGAAGAGGCACUGGCGAGGGUUGAGACCCAUGAGCCUUAAGGCAGGGAAGGAAGCAUGGUACAGACUGCUAGACAUUUGCCCCUUAGAGUAGCCAGAAGCUAAAAUUAUUCCCUGAAACUUCUGAGAGCAGAAAUUGUAAAAUCUCAAAAAUCAUUCACUCAAGUUAUUUAAUUAUGAAAGGUGUCACAGACCCUUUAGGAAGACUUAGAAGUUGGCUGCUGGGAGUGAAGUGACAGAAGAAGCCUUGGUCACCAAGGGGUGCACUCUGUUGCCCCUCUCUCAGGACCACUUGGUGGAGCAGUAGGUGACAGAGAGGAGGUACUUAUUCAAGGCACCCUCCUGUUUCCUGCUGAUUUGGACCCAGAGACAAUAUGUACAUAUGAGGAAUGUCCCCUAAGAAUCAUGGAUCCUUCCUGAUCUCUCUCUGAUCUAAUAAUUGUUUGGGCUUUUAAGCCAGAAGGAGACCAACAACUCUUUUCAUUCCCUACCAAAGUAUGAUUCCCCUUCGUCAAUAACUUGUGAAAGAAGACAAAACUCACCCUUGUGGACAAGUCUGGGAGUGAGACACACACAGGGCACCGUGAGCCGUGGCUAGUAGCCCGGUGUGUAGCCGUCUGCGAGAAAGCAGCAAAGCUACUGCUUCUUGUGUUACUUCUUCCAGCCAGUAUGUUUUGUUUUUGUUGACAUGGGAACAUUGGAAUCACAUGGAUGUUUAUCUGCAAGGAUUCAUGUGGUGACACACAUGAGACUUUGUACUUAACUCUGAAGAGUUUGCAGUUUCAAACCAGGGGAAGCACAACUACAGGGUCUACCCUUCCCCUCCAGCUUACCGUGACCAGAUUGGCCUCAGACAAGCUAGUCAUAUCUGCAACUCUGCCCCUUUCCUGUCUGCCUCCCCUGAACAAGGGGCCAACAUCCCAGUCCAGCAAGUUUAGUUUCUUGACACUCAAAAAGAGCCCUGAACCUAAAGUCAGGAGACUGGGCCUGAGUCAUUCCUCAGUGCAGAGCUCCUGUACAUGCCUAUAACAGGAGGAAGCUGGAGUAGACCAUCUGUAGGGCAGUUUCUAGCUUUGGCUUUGACUGGAGACUGGGCUAGAGCCAGCAAGACUGGGUUUCUCCAGAAUUGGAAGGUUCCCUGGCAGGAGGGGAUGGUCUUCCAGGCUAGAGCUUCUCUGGUGGGUAGUAGGCAGUAGGGCACUGUGUGGAUUCCCAAGAAACUUCGUGUGGUUAGACUUUGUUCUCAAGGUCGAGGAGGGAUAGGAGGCCCAGUGGCAGAAAGACCACUGCUCAGUAUUAACCUAGGAGUGUUUCUUCCUUCUUUGGCCUAGUUUUUGUUUGGGAAAGGAACUUCUUCUAACCGAGGAGGAGGAGUAGAAUGAUGGCAAGAGAAGCGGAGUCUUGCACUGAGCUAUCUUCUGUCUCUAGGCACCGCGAAGCCUUCCAUCUAUCCAGCCUUGCUCCUCAACAGAGGACACAGGGAAGAGAAGCCACUUCCUAUUUUAGCACUUCUCUUUUUGGUUCAACCAAAACCCUGCUGGGGUUUAGCUAAAGUCCUCGGGUUGCCUAAGGGCACUGACACUAAGAACCUGGGAUUAUAAGGAGUAGGGAGGCCUUAAGAGGAAUCCUUUGCUAGGAGUGGAUCCUCUCCACAUCCUGUCUCUGUCCUGGCCCCAAACUUGGACUAUUCCUGUGGUAUUUGCAGCAUAUCUAGGGUGAGGUCUUGGAGAAAUGACUAGGGGCAGAAUCUUUCUGGACAGUUUGUGGUCCCAGAAAGGUCCUUUGUGUGCCAUAUCAUACCACUUCUUUAGCUCUGCAGGGCAGCCAAAGCCAGCUCAUUCCUGCUAGGGCCUCCAGGAGAAAUAGCACUCUUCAUUCUUCCCCUCUGUGGCGGGGCUGUGGUCCCUAUCCCUGAACCCCUGGAUUCCACCUCUGCAUUCCAGUAAGAUUUGUAAAGACCUCUUCCUGCCUCCCUUCCUCCUCGCCCCUAGUCUCUAGGCUGUUGGACAAUCAUCCCAUUCAUCUCUGGACAUCCUCGACCCUUCUUCCCUCAGUCUCCAGCAGGCUGGCCCCACUCCCUCUCACCUCUAUGUCUUCUUCCAGAAGAUGCAUUUUGGGUCUACAAGGAGUGUAUUUCUGGAAGGACACCUUUCAACACCCCUGCUUUCCUGAUGCGGAGCAGGAAUUUGCACAUGGUGUAGAGAGCUCCCCCUCCCACCUCUCUGCCCAGCCUUGUUUACCUCACUCUUGCUCCGGCCAUGGCUGUGAUGGGCCUAGCCAGCUCCCUGUUUUGAUGUUCUGUGCGACAGCUCAGGGGUCUUGAGACUCGCGGUCCUCAGCAGGCCUGGGAGCCCAGAUUGGACCUUUGGCUCCUGGUGAGAAGCACCUUGCCUGCCAAGAUUUGUUGAUGCCAGACGAUCUCCCCAACAUAUGAAGGCUUGAAGGACAUUGUCAUCUCUGCCCCUUGGCCCUCCUUGCUUCUCCCACCACAAUAAGACAUUGCGGAAGCAAAGUGGCAGCGCGUGCCCCAGGCAGGACAGCUGGCUCUGUCUGGGGAGUUGGCCCUGGGCUCGGUUGUCAUGUGGAGACUGCACAGUAAAAGCAACCAUUUUUGCCAACGAAAGAAUGUGGCCCCCCCACAUUUCCUUACCCUGCACUCUAGGGCCAGACCACUCUCUGCAUGGACCAGACCAUCUUCCCAAACCCAUGGUGCUCCUCCCCACCCCAUGACACUCAACCUAGGUUCCAAGGUGGGGAGGGAUGGAUCAGAAGCUAUAUCGGCACCUCCAUAUUCCUGACACGGGGUGGAGCGGGGUGAGGCAGAGGGAACAGCCCCCAACACCUGCACUGGGCCAUGUAUAAGGGAAAGAACACAGGUUGAUUGCAGUUGAGUUGUCUGGCUGUCUGUAUUUGGAUUUGUAACUGUACUUUGCCUGGCGCUGUGCGCAAGGUCUGGAAACUUACUGCUAGUACCUAGAAACAUACAAGGCUACCCAGCCAAAUCUUAAUGUAAAGUAGCUAGAGCCAUGGAAGUACAGUAUGAAUUAAAAGAAAAAAGUAUUGAAUUACAAA